AAAAAAAGAGCCAACCCGAACGCGUGAAUCAGUCAUUAGCGUAUAGAAAUCGAAUUUGAAAGUCAGCAGUUAGCCAAUACGAGCUUGAGUGGGAGGAGCGCUUACAGAGUUUUUCAAGCUUGUGUGACCAGUGAUAUAGUGAAAAACAAAACAAAACAGUGCGCAUAACUCGGAACUGCACAUUGUGUAACAGAGACUGUAAGGUUAAGCAGAGUUUUCUACGUUUACUAAUUUUAGAUAAUACCAGCCAUGGGUAAAGAUCCUACCAAACCGAAGGGGAAGAUGUCCUCUUAUGCGUACUUCGUCCAGACGUGCAGAGAAGAGCACAAGAAGAAACACCCGGACACGUCAGUAAAUUUCUCCGAGUUCUCCAAGAAGUGUUCAGAAAGAUGGAGGACAAUGUCUGCAAAAGAAAAGGGGAAAUUUGAAGACCUGGCAAAGAGUGAUAAGACCCGUUAUGAUCAUGAAAUGAAAGAUUAUAUUCCUCCCAAGGGUGAAAAGGGAAAGAAAAAGAAGGACCCAAAUGCCCCCAAGCGACCACCAUCAGCUUUCUUUGUAUUCUGCUCUGAAAACCGUCCAAAGAUCAAAGCUGACUAUCCAGGUAGUUCCAUUGGUGACACUGCAAAGAAAUUGGGAGAAAUGUGGUCCAAGCAAACGGCCAAAGACAAGGUGCCCUUUGAACAGAAAGCACUUAAACUAAAGGAAAAAUAUGAAAAGGAUGUUGCAGCAUAUCGUGCUAAGAGCAAGGGUGAUGCUGGAAAAAAGGGACCAGGCAGGCCAACUGGGUCCAAGAAGAAGGUUGAACCAGAGGAGGAUGACGAUGAUGAUGAAGAUGACGAUGAUGAUGAGGAAGACGACGAGGAUGAUGACGAUGAUGAGUGAUGUGCCUUCUGAGCACGAAGACUUCAGUUGGAAUUUACAAAACAUGAAUGUGAACUCAUGCGGCUGAAAUUAAGAAAUGUACAGAAGUGUAUAGCUGUAAUACAUACUUACUAGGGUAAUGUACUGUUUUGUAAUGCAAGUAGUUGGUGAUCCUGAAAGCACUGCUUCAUUUCAUUGUUUUGCUUUCCCCUGGUAUGUGGAUUUCCACAGCCUAUUCAAUUUUAAUUACUUUUGUAGCUUAUGUAGUGCAGUAAAAGCAAACAAAUUGUGGAUUUUUUUUUUUACAUGAAACUUGUUUUUGUUUUAAUUUUCAUGUAUAGAUCACAAUUUUUAUAAUAAAGUUUGUAUAUUA